UUUAUUUGUAUCAUUUUUACACAUCUACACAUGUACAGCAGCACACCCCACUUCCUUUGCCCAAGGAGUAUGAUGAGGAUUCACUGAUCCCCAGCAGUCCAGCCACAGAGACGUCAGACAAUGUCAGUCCAGUAGCAAGCCCCAUCCACACCGGGUUCCUGGUGAGCUUCAUGGUAGAUGCUCGUGGCGGCUCAAUGAGAGGCAGCAGACAUAACGGCCUGCGUGUCAUCAUUCCUCCUCGUACCUGUGCCGCUCCAACACGCAUCACCUGUCGCCUGGUGAAGCCGCAGAAACUUGCCACACCACCUCCUCUGGUGGAGGGUGAAGGUCUCGCCAGCCGUAUCAUCUCUCUUGGUCCAGCUGGCAUGCAGUUCUUAGGGCCUGUGAUUGUAGAGAUUCCCCAUUUCGCUGCACUUGGUCGGGGAGAUCGUGAACUAGUAGUCUUGCGGAGUGAAAAUGGAUCAGUCUGGAAGGAGCAUCGUAAUCGUUAUGGUGACGAGGUCCUAGAGACCAUCCUCAAUGGCAUGGAUGAAGACCUUGAGAGUCAGGAGGAACUUGGGAAGAAAAGAAUCAGGCGCAUCAUCUCGACCGACUUCCCGCUAUACUUUGCUGUGGUGUCCCGUAUCCAGCAGGAGAACGAUCUGAUUGGCCCAGAAGGGGGUUAUCUCAACAGUAAGCUGGUGCCCAUGGUCCAGGCCAGUUUUCCUGAGACAGCCGUCACCAAGCGUGUCCGUCUCGGACUGCAGGCACAGCCAGUCCCUGAUGAGCUGGUGGCCAAGCUUCUAGGGAACCAAGCCACAUUCAGCCCUGUCGUGACAGUAGAGCCUCGUCGGCGCAAGUUUCACCGUCCCAUCGGCCUGAGGAUUCCACUGCCUCCCUCCUGGAAGGAAAGUCCACGGGACGCUGGCGAGGGCGACACCACCAGCCUCCGCCUGCUCUGCAGUGUCAUCGGCGGCACAGCUCCAGCCCAGUGGGAAGAUAUAACUGGCACCACCAAACUUAUUUAUGCCAAUGGCUGCGCCAGUUUCACCACCAAUGUCUCUGCCCGUUUCUGGCUGGCAGACUGUCCUCGGACUGCAGAGGCCGUGUCCUUUGCCAACCUCCUGUACCGUGAGCUGUCAGCCGUGCCAUACAUGGCCAAGUUUGUAGUUUUUGCAAAGAUGAAUGAAGCACGAGAGGGUCGACUCCGCUGUUAUUGCAUGACUGAUGACAAAAUGGACAAAACCCUGGAGCAACACGAGAACUUCACUGAAGUGGCUCGCAGUAGAGACAUCGAGGUCAUAUGAUAUAGUGUGUCACAGACUUCAUAUAGACAAUACAUAAUAAUGCAUCUAUUGUUUCUUUUUCCGUGUGUUUACAGCAACUGGUGUUAUUUCUACAAUAAAGUAUCUUUUACAUUUACAGCAUCUGAAAGAACAGGGAAAGAAAUAUUAUUAAAGUCAGUAUGAAAUAAAAAUGGACCCUGUUAACUUUAA